CCGGUGGGAGGCCGUCGCCAGCGGUCGGUGGAGCGGUCGGUCGGACGGACGGCGGUCGAGCUCAGCGGGAAUGGCCGCCGUGGAGCGCACAUGGUGGGAGCGGGCAGUCAGCUAAGAGCCGGCCUCUGGAGAGCCCGGAGCGGAGACGCGGGCCGGACGCGGGCAUGGUUUCGGUCCAUAGGUGAUUCAGGCGCUUCUCUUUCUACCCGUGGCAUUCUGGCGGUCAGGCAGCAACAAUGGUAAAGCACUUCUUUGAUCUAUCUACUCUCCGGAGUUCCUGGGACCAAGUUGCCUCUGCAUUUUGGCAACGCUAUCCAAACCCCUACAGCAAACACGUAUUAACUGAAGAUGUGAUUUACCGUGAAGUGACCUCGGACAACAAGCUGCUCUCCAGACGUCUGCUGACAAAGACCAACCGCUUGCCUCGAUGGGGGGAGAUGGUCUUCCCGACAAACCUGGCGCGCUCCGUCUUUGUUGUAGAAGAUUCCAUCGUUGACUUCCAGAACCGAACGUUUACCACAUUGACGUGGAACAUUAACCACUCGCGUAUUAUGCUGGUGGAGGAAAAGUGUGUUUAUCGUCCAAACCCAGAAAAUCCAGCAUGUACGCAGGUCCAGCGAGAGGCCUGGGUCACAUCCAGUGUGUUCGGCUUUUCACGUGCAAUUCAGGAAUUCGGUCUUGCCAGAUUUAGAAGAAAUCAGAUAAAAGCGACAGAAGGUUUUGAAUAUAUACUGGCUAAUUUGCAAGGUGAAGUACCGCCCAAGACUUUAAAAGGAGCGACGGAGAAAGCAAAGGAGACCGCCCUGGCAGCCACUGAAAAGGCAAAAGAUCUGGCUUCCAAAGCAGCACCUCAGAAGGCAAAGCAGUUUGUCUGAAAGCACCAGAUGAUUCCCGAUCGUAAAAAGGCAUCCUCUGUUCUUUUGGGUGAAGUGUACUUUCAACAUGGUUCUUGGUUCCAAGAAUAUAGUACCAAAAUCUCUAGAAAUGACCUUCUAUUGAUUACACUGAAUGUUUACAGCGUUACCUUUUGUUUUGUGUUUUGGUGCUGACUGUUAUCUGAAAGUCUUAUUGUUUCAAUGGAUUCGAUGAAUACAUACAAAUGAUUUUUAUUUUUAAAAAAAGCAAAUUCCCAGGAAUCUGUAACCUUCUUUCACUUGGCCCCGGGCCACUGUGAAUUAGAUGUAUGUAAGAAUCAAUAUUUUCAGAACUUUAGAAAAAAGUUUUUUUUAAAUCAAAUGAAUGAAGCAAUUAAAGAGAGCUCGGUUCACAGCAUUACAGCACUGAGCAAAAGGCACAGUGGUGGAGGAACUCGAUAAAUCAGACGUCAUUGGGCAGAUGAAGGUUCUGGUCAGAACCCUUCUUCCGUCUGACCUGAAAUGUCAUCUGUCCAUAAUGCUGCCCGACCAGCUCAGUUCCUCCAACGCUUUGUUUUUAGCUCAGGAUUCUGGCGUCUGCAGUGUCUCGCGUCAAUAGUGAAACAAUGUGAAGCCAACUGCAAUGAUUAAGCAUUGAAAUUGACCCUGUAAGAAGAACUGUGUGGACCAGUAAGAAGUACUUGGACUAGGUGGGAACUUUUAUUUCCUCUGAGUGCUCUGAAUCAAACUGGGAAGCAGAUUUAGGGAAUGUAAUCAAGGAAAGGCUUCUGUCUGAUUUGGUACGAAUUAUUUAUUUAUAGUUGAGCAGAAUUUUUAGCCUAUGUUCAGGAAUUUGUCUUCUCGGAUAUUUAUAAGUAGCCCUCGGUUUUAAUUCUUGCAGGAAAACCUCACAUUAAUCUUUGUUUUGAAUGCUUAUUUUAAUGAGAAAAUGAGUUGUGCCGUUAAUCUGGAAAGUGGUGACAAUGGGCAGCAUUUUGAGUUGGGUUUGAAAUGUCACCUUCUCAUUUCAGAUGAGAAUAGAUACUAAAAUAUGAAUCCACAUUGAAUGAAGAGCAGAGGGAAGGGCUGGCUGGUGGCGGUUUUCUGGUAGAAUAAUUCAUCGUUCCGAAAAAUAAGUUUGAAUCUGAGCAAAAGAUUGAGGCACACGGCUGGUAGAGCCAUUGCCUCACAGCCCUAGAUCCUGAUCGUGGGUUCGAUCCUGAUCUUGGGUACUAUCUGUGUGUGGAGUUUACACCUUCUCUCUGUGACCAAUGAAAAGUGAGAUAACAUUGAACUAGUGUUAAUGGGUGAUCGAUGGUCAUUGUGGACACAAUUGACCCAAGGGCCUGUUUCUACACUGUAACUCCAAAACUAAAAUACAUAGAACCAGUGCGAGCAGGUGAUGGCUGGUUCGCAUGGACUCAAUGGGCCAAAGGGCGUGUUUCCACGCUGUGUCUGUAAAAAUAAAAAAAAACAUAGAAUUAGUGUGAGGUGAGUGGUAUGUGGUCGGCAUGGACUGAAGGUCCUGUUUCCGUGCUGCAUCUUUCAAUUUAACUGAGCGGUAUCUUUUAGUUUUAAUUAUUUUUUUUUUACCUCGUGUUUCUCCUACUUGUUAUUUGUUAUUUUUCUGUUCAGUUUUGCACCUUGCAACACACGGCUUUUGUGUUUGUGCGAGUUGUGCAGUGUGGUCCACGAUACCUGAACAUUCUUCUUGAAGCCGUCACGGCCACAGGAUUCCCCAGCCUGGGUCACCCAACCUAUUCCGUUGAUCCUGCUGUAGCCGUGUAUUUUUCCACAGCAAGACCAAAAGGAGAACUGGUCAGCUGACAGGUAUCAUCACGAGGACGAAAGAGAAAACAACAGGUUUUUUCAAACCCGUGCUGACGAAACCUCUCCUGACGGUUAAUUUUGUUGUCAUUGUCCAACUGGAUGGGUGAAGUUUACUAAAUCUGUUUGUUUAGAGGAGUUUCUAUGGAUUUAAUUUUCUCCAACCUUUUGGAACUGCCAGUAUCUUUCUUGAUGUUUAAUAAAUGGCAACUGGAA